AUUGUAUUCCUGAAAUUUACAGGUUGACGGCUAAAUUGUUUGUUUUCUAGGUGUCUUCCUUCCCAUCUUAUUACGUCACCUAGUUCCAGAAAGUUAAGUCAAGAUGGCUCUCAGUGAUGCCGAUGUCCAGAAGCAGAUCAAGCAUAUGAUGGCCUUCAUAGAACAAGAGGCCAAUGAGAAGGCAGAGGAGAUUGAUGCCAAGGCAGAGGAAGAAUUCAACAUUGAAAAGGGGAGAUUGGUCCACCAGCAGCGGUUGAAGAUCAUGGAGUAUUAUGAGAGGAAGGAAAAGCAGGUGGAGAUGCAGAAAAAGAUUCAAGCAUCAAACAUGCUGAAUGCUGCUCGGCUACAAGUACUCAAGGCACAAGAGGAUCACAUGCAGAAGAUACAUGAGGAAGCCCGCAAGCGCCUAAUUGCCUCAGCAACACAAAAUCCUGCCCAGUACCGAGCUGUCUUGCAUUCCCUCAUUGCUCAGGGCCUCUUCCAGAUUACUGAACCAAUGGUAGUGAUCAGAUGCAAGAAGAGUGAUGUUGGACUGGUGAAGGAGGUGUUGCCAGAGGCAUUGGAGGUGUACAAGAAAGCCACUGGGUCUGAAUGCAAUGCAAAGAUUGAUCAUGAGACAUUCCUUACCAAUGAUAUUGCUGGUGGAGUGGAGCUGAUACACCCAAAGGGGUCUGUGAAGUUGUCCAACACACUUGAAUCUCGGCUGGACAUGAUUUUCCAACAGAUAAUCCCCAACAUUCGCACCCGCCUGUUUGGUGUUAACCCUGGCCGCAAGUUCAUGGACUGAAAACCUUGAAAGCAGAAUGAAAAGAGCUUCUAUCGACAUUCCGUAGAAUCCUGUGCAGUUGCCUGCCCCUAACUCCUGCAUUUCUGAAUAUUACCUGAAUGUGAUUCAUUGUCAGUUUGAAUACCACAACUAGCAACUGAAUGUGUAUCAUGCAUUAUGUAUGGAUGCCAUAGUUAUUUAUAAAUACAGUCCUUGAGAAAAUGGUGACUGAAUCAUUAAAGAGACCAUAUUAGAAA